UUUCCCCCAAAUUCCAAAAAUUUUCAAAUCCACCAAAACCCUCCUCUCCAUCACUAUAAUAACAACACUCUUCAAUUUCAUCAUCUUCACACCACACGCUCAUCUCCCCCCCUAAACCUCCACCAAUGGCGCACGAUAGCAACCUCCCCUGCGACAACGACGGCCGCUGCAUGGUUUGCAAAGUCAAUCCACCAGAAGAAGAGAAAAUCAACUGCAAAACGUGCGUCACUCCAUGGCACCUCGACUGUCUCUCUGCUCGUCCUCAAACCCUAGCCGAUGCGGCACAGUGGGAGUGUCCUGAUUGUUCUUGUCUCGUGUCGUCUGACGCGGUGCCGUGUGUCGUAGCUUCGGGAUCUGAGCCGUCUGCUGCGCUUGUUGCGGCGAUACGCGCGAUUGAGACGGACGGUUCGUUGUCUGAUCAAGAGAAGGCGAAGAGGCGGCAGCAGUUGUUGAGUGGAGCCAGUGAUGGUGAUGCUAGUAAGGUGAUUGAGGAUAAGAAGGAGAGUGGUGGUGGUGGUAAUGAUGUUUUGAAGCUUCUUAGUGGGAGUUUUAACUGCUCGUUUUGUAUGCAGCUUCCUGAGCGGCCUGUUACGACACCAUGCGGUCACAACUUCUGCCUGAAGUGCUUUGAGAAAUGGGUUGGUCAGGGGAAGCGUACUUGUGCCAUAUGUCGCACUGCAAUUCCUCUUAAAAUGGCUAGUCAACCCAGAAUCAAUUCAUCACUCGUAAUUGCAAUUAGAAUGGCAAAGAUGACUAGAUCAAACGCUGCUUCAGGGCCACCAAAGCCCUACUAUUCUAUUCUCAACCAAAAUAAGCCAGACAAAGCAUACACCACCGAGAGGGCAAAGAAGACCGGAAAGGCUAAUGCAUGCAGUGGGAAAAUAUUUGUAACAGUCCCACCUGAUCAUUUUGGCCCUAUUCUUGCAGAGAAUGAUCCCGAAAGAGGUAUGGGAGUUUUAGUUGGGGAAACUUGGGAGGACCGUUUGGAAUGUAGGCAGUGGGGGGCCCAUCUUCCACAUGUUGCGGGCAUAUGCGGGCAGUCUGAUUACGGUGCACAAUCUGUCGCAUUAUCAGGAGGAUAUGAAGAUGAUGAGGAUCAUGGAGAGUGGUUUUUAUACACCGGAAGUGGUGGAAGAGACCUUAGUGGAAAUAAAAGGACUAACAAGACACAGUCCUUUGAUCAGAAGUUUGAUAAAUCCAAUGAAGCCUUACGAGUUAGCUGUAAAAAGGGCUACCCUGUACGUGUUGUGAGGUCUCACAAGGAAAAGCGAUCGGCCUAUGCUCCUGAACAAGGAGUCAGAUAUGAUGGGAUAUACAGGAUCGAGAAAUGCUGGAGGAAGCCCGGAAUUCAAGGAUUUAAGGUAUGCCGGUAUCUUUUUGUUCGUUGUGAUAAUGAUCCUGCUCCUUGGACAAGCGAUGAAAAUGGAGAUCGCCCGAGACCUUUGCCUGUCAUUAAGGAGCUGAAUGAUGCAAGUGAUGUGACAGAGAGGAAGGGAUCACCAUCUUGGGAUUAUGAUGAGGAAAAGGCUUGUUGGCUAUGGAAAAUUCCUCCACCCGAAAGUAGAAAACAAAUAGACCAAGGAGUUGCUGCGGAUGGCACAAAACCGAGGGUGGUUCGCCGUAAGACACAAAUGUCAGUGAGUGAACGACUUCUCAAAGAGUUCUGUUGUCUUAUCUGCCACAAAGUGAUGAAUCUCCCACUUACCACUCCAUGCGCACAUAAUUUCUGCAAGUCAUGUUUGCAAGAUACUUUUUCUGGUCAAACGUUCAUAAAGGAGAGAAAUUGUGAAGGUAGACGUACAUUAAGGGCACAAAAGAACAUUAUGAAAUGUCCAUCGUGCACUAAUGACAUCUCCGAAUACUUGCAGAAUCCACAGGUGAAUAGAGAACUCAUGACUGUAAUUGAAUCGCUUCAAAGACAGAUUAAAGAAACAGAGGAAAGUUCAGUUUCCGAAGAAGAAACUUUGAAUAAAGAUGAGAAAAAUGAUGUUAAAGAGGAUAGCAAAGAUAACGAGUCUCCGAUCGAGGUAACGGAUGUGUGUUCUGAAGCUAAGGAAGAUAUCAAGGAAAGUGAAGAUAAUGAAGCCAUUGCAAAACCUUCACCUAAAGCUAACAAGAAAAGGAAAGCUGCGGGUGUUAUAGAUAAUGCACCUGCUAAGAAGCUGCAUGAAGAGACUGAUACGAUGAUGAAUGAUGAUGUCAAUGAUUCUGACAAUAAAAUCAUUAAUGGCACAAGUGUGACUCCGGGAUUGGUUGAAAGCAAAGAUUUGAAGGUUGAAGAAGUGGGAAAGAAAGGCAAGAAAGCUUCAAAGAAGAAGAAAGACGAUCAUGGGAAAUGUGCUUCACCGAAAAGUCCAGUAGCCAGGACUCGAAGCAAGAAGGUCUAGCUUGAGCCGGGUGACAAUUGUGUUUGGUUGCAAACUGAUGGUAGGAAUUUUGGAAUUCUCUUCCAAAUGGUGGACUUUGUGAUGUUUUUUGUAUGUCAAGUCAUAUACAUUGCAUUACCAUUUUAGUAACAAUCAUGGUUGGUAUGAAUAUUUUGGUGUCAUAAUUGUCCUUAGAGCAUUGAAAAUUUGAAAUGAAAACCAAAUGCAUGAACUUCAUCUUA